UUUUUUUAUAUAGUUUGCCAGCCGCCAUCUAUUUGUGCAUUGAAUAAGAUUGCGUGCUCUCUGUUCCUCCAGUUCUCAGUGUCCCAAAAUCCUGAUAAUGUCAUAGAGUAAAAGCAUACUACGUGAUACGCAGGCGCAAAAAUAAGUGAAAAUAAUAGAGUUACGUGCAACAUAAAACUUUAAUCAACAGUGGUACAAGUAAUCCCAUUUGUGAUUACACUUUGUAUAAUUAUUUGUGAUAUCUAUUACGUAUCAACAAACGAAUAAAUGGGAGAGAUAGAAGAAAAGUUUCCUGCUCAGUGGGCACUUGAUCUUCUUGAGCCUACAGCUCUGGAUCGAUCUAAUCAUAUUUUUAGAUUUUAUUUAGUACCCAUUUCUUCGGCUGCGUUCACUCUUGCAGUAGUAACAAAAAAUUAUAUGUCAAAACUACCCCUAACAGCCAAUAAGCCAUACAUGUUAUUGUUGUCCAUAACUGGUGCUUUCUUUGGUUAUGGUUGUCAUUGGGCAUCUGAUAUAAGAUUUGCAAGAAGGGACGAGAUGAUGAGAGAUUAUAUAAGGCGUCAUCCAGAACGGUUUCCUGAGCCAGGAAAAAGUAAGGAAAAAUUGGAUUAUAUAAGAGUGGUCUUUAAAGUGAGAAGAUUAGAAGUACUCACGAUAUAGUCUCGGUAGCAAUUUCAUGUCCAUCGUGCGCUAAACUUUGUACCAUAUUAUAAUUACAAUAUUCAUGAGAGAUAAAGAAUGUUCCUUUCAAAGGACAGUUGUUUGGAUUUAAUCGAUUAGUGGCAAAUAUUUUUUGAUAAUGAUCAAAGUUAUUGUGAUUUAUUGCUCCAUCGAAUGUCAUUAUUAUCAUUUGUGGUGUCUGAAAUUUAUUGAAACUAUGUGAAAGGUAUUGUCGAAAGUAAUUUUAAUAAAUAGUAACAAAUAAAGAGUA